GAGCGCCAAGCGUCACAUGUGACAUGUCACACGCCGCUGAUGCGAAGCGAGCGCGGACGGCGGAGGCGGUGCGGCUUAUCGCAAUUCACCGGAAAUGAUUCGCGCGCACCAAGGGAACGGCGAGAGGAGGAAAAUCAUCCGUGGGCUCACGUCGAGGCAUCCAGCCGCGACACCACACGUCCCCGUCGCCUCCCAGCCCUCCGCUUCCCACCACCUCUGCUUCUCCGGAGGCCCAGGCAGCAGCCAGCAGCCAGCAGCGGGAGCGCCUCCUAGCCCGGGGCCAGUCGGGAGCUGAUACGAGGAGGCGGCGGAGAUGGCGGACGCGAAGCAGCAGCAGCCGCCGCAGACGGCGCUGGCGGCCAGCGGCGUGUGGAAGACGGUGAAGCCCUUCGUGAACGGCGGCGCCUCCGGCAUGCUCGCCACCUGCGUCAUCCAGCCCAUCGACAUGGUCAAGGUGAAGAUCCAGUUGGGCGAGGGCUCUGCAACUAGUGUCACCAAGAAGAUGCUUGCUAAUGAGGGAGUUGGUUCCUUUUACAAGGGAUUGUCUGCUGGUUUGCUAAGGCAAGCAACAUACACAACCGCUCGACUGGGAUCCUUCAGGGUUCUAACAAAUAAAGCAGUUGAAGCAAACGAAGGAAAACCACUGCCCCUAGUUCAGAAAGCUGCUAUUGGUCUCACUGCUGGAGCGAUUGGAGCUUGUUUUGGUAGUCCUGCGGAUUUGGCACUCAUCAGGAUGCAGGCUGAUUCAACCUUGCCAGCAGCCCAGCGCCGCCACUAUAAGAACGCUUUUCAUGCACUUUACCGUAUUAUUGCUGAUGAAGGUGUUCUGGCACUUUGGAAGGGCGCAGGUCCAACUGUAGCGAGAGCGAUGUCACUCAACAUGGGCAUGCUUGCCUCCUAUGAUCAGAGUGUUGAGGUACUUAGAGACAAACUUGGUGCUGGAGAACUUUCUACAAUGCUUGGGGCCAGUGCCAUUUCAGGAUUCUUUGCAUCUGCUUGCAGUUUGCCCUUCGACUAUGUUAAGACACAGGUUCAGAAGAUGCAACCUGAUGCUACUGGAAAGUAUCCAUACACUGGGUCUUUUGACUGUGCAAUGAAAACCUUGAAGAGUGGCGGUCCGUUUAAGUUCUACACUGGCUUUCCGGUCUAUUGCGUCAGGAUUGCUCCACAUGUCAUGAUGACAUGGAUAUUCUUGAAUCAGAUCCAGAAGGUCGAGAAGCGCGUCGGCCUUUAAAGUGUCGUGCUAUGCUAUCCUCACCUACAAAUUAUAAUAGUGUAGCUGCUUUGUACCUAUAAACCAGCAGUUGGUUCUGAUAUACAAAAUCUGUACUUAUUUCCUUGGCAUAUAUGCUACCAUGCUUCUUUGUUCCUUCCAGACCAAAUAAUCAUAUAAUUUCUGGGUAA